AAAGGAUACUAGUUACAGUAACACUACCCAUUAAGAACUGGAAUCAAUGAGAUCCUCCCAUGUUUAUUAUUUUUUGCUACUUUGUAUAUUAGUUUUAUUUAUUUUUUCGGAUACGAUUAUAGAGGAGAACACUUGCUUCUAGUUGUAGAGGAGUUUUCAGGGACUUUUUUUUUCUGGUGUACCAGGGCAGUUGGUGAGAUGAUGACUGCCAAAACUGUAGAGAAAAUCCCAGUGACUCUAGGGGGGUUUGUGCAUCAGAUACCUGAAAGUAUGUACCAAAUGGAUGAAUCGCCUUUGUCAGCAUCGGUUACAAUCUUCCCUAAUGUUGAUUUGGGAGGAACAUUUGACCAGAUGAGCAAUGUCACAGGAGAUGGAAUGAUCAAUGUUGAUAUGAACGGUGAGAAGAGACCCCUCGAUCUACCUUAUCCCACCAGUUACUCUUCCACACCCCGCAAUCAGACUUUCACAUAUAUGGGAAAAUUUUCCAUUGACCCCCAGUAUCCAGGGGCCGGAUGGAAUCCUGAUGGCUUCUUUAACAUCGUCAGUGCUGGGAUCCUGGGAGUGACACCUUCUUCAUCAUCAUCCACAACUUCUUCCAACGCUUCCUCGGUGUCUCCCAACCCUCUGUCUAACAGCCUGAGCUGCAGCAUGGCCCAUAACCAGAGUGACCUGGAUCAUAUGUACUCUCCACCACCGCCACCUUACUCCAGCUGUGCAGAGAUACCUGUUUACCAGGACCCAGCCUUCCUCAGCACAUCCACUGGGACAUCGUUGUCAUAUCCUCCUCCUUCAUAUCCUUCCCCGAAGGCAGCUUCAGAUGGUACAAUUUUCAAUAUGAUCCCGGACUACCCUGCUUUCUUCCAACCUCAGUGCCAAAGAGACAUUCACUCCAUGCCUGACCUCAAGCCUUUCCCGUGCCCCCUGGACCCUAUCAGGGUGCCACCACCCCUGACCCCACUAUCCACUAUCCGAAAAUUUAACUUAGGGGGUAGCAGUUCCGAGGGAUCCAGGAUGCCAAGCGCAUAUAGUCCACAGAAUCUGCCCCUACGACCCAUACUCAGACCUAGAAAGUACCCUAACCGCCCCAGCAAAACCCCGGUGCACGAGAGACCGUAUCCUUGCCCGGCCGAGGGCUGCGAUCGCCGCUUCUCUCGCUCCGAUGAGCUAACAAGGCACAUCCGCAUCCACACCGGACACAAACCCUUUCAGUGCCGAAUCUGCAUGCGCAACUUCAGCCGCAGCGACCACUUGACCACCCACAUUCGUACUCACACCGGGGAAAAACCCUUCGCCUGCGACUACUGCGGGAGAAAGUUCGCCAGGAGCGACGAACGCAAGCGGCACACCAAGAUCCAUCUCCGACAGAAGGAGAGGAAGAGCUCCGCAAACGGAGCCACAGCGGCGCCUAGCGGCGGAACUGGACAUGAGCGCCCUCUCAGCCUCAGCCCCCCAGCUGCGGGCAACAUCUGCUCUGCCACUUCCAGCAGUGGCCAGAUGGGACCUUGUCCUAGCAGGACUGCCUAAAACAGACAAUUCUACCACUGGUAGACAAGGAGAACACGGAGAGAUCACUGCCAUUGUAGGGGAUACCAGCAUGAUGACUUUCAUAUUAUGUGUGUCACAGUAUCCUAAAAACAGUUACCAGAUGUGGCUUUCCUUCAGUGUUAAUCAUGUAAGUUAAAACAGCACUGGUUUGUUAGGGAAUAUUAGAGAUCUGUUUGUUAGUUAUUUGUUAGUUCUUAUGUUAUUAUUCACAAAAGAGUACCACUACAGACCACAAGCCAAAAAAUGUUACAUACACAAAGACUGGCACUGUACCCUCCUAAUGGUCUGAAUGGAAAUAG